GUUCCCUUCCCCUUCAUGCCAACCCUCAAGCCUGCAAAAACAAGGGCGCUCUAGCCAGGACAUAGGCUUCCUGGCGCUCCAGGACCAGGGCCGGGCAGAUGGGAUCCAGCCGACCGCCACCGCGCACCCAGGACUUCUUCCCGGCUCCGGCGCUCUCCCUCUCGCUUGUCCGUCGCCGCCGAUCGACUCGAUCUCUUUAUCUUCCCUCGCAUACUGAGCAACAGGGCAUGGCAUCAGCACGCGCCUUUCAUGCGUGCGUGCAGGGAAGGAGCUGAGGAAACACGCCGUGAUCUUGUGUUGCUUCCUGACAUGCCGUUUUGUUGGUUCGCUGUGCGUGUGCAGGCGGGUGGGUUUGGCCGGAAUGAGCCGGCGGCGUCAGGUGGGGAGGAAGUGGAGUUCGGCGAUGAGGGCGGCGGCGGGAUCAGACUGAGACCAGGCGAGGCGGCGGAGAUCAGCAGCGAGAACACGGCGGCGGGAAGCCAGUCCGGCGGUGCGUGGUCCGGCGGGGAGGAAGCAGCGGGGCAUGGAGACGAUGGGGGCGAUAACAAGAGGAGGAAGAGCUACCACAGGCACAACGCCGAGCAGAUCAAGGCCAUGGAAGCGGUAUUCAAAGAGUCCCCGCAUCCAGACGAGAAGCAGCGGCAGCAGCUCAGCCAGGAGCUCGGCCUCUCCACACGCCAAGUCAAGUUCUGGUUCCAGAACCGGCGAACUCAGAUCAAGGCAACCCAGGAGCGGCACGAGAACGCGCUGCUCAAGUCCGAGCUGGAGAAGCUCCAGGAGGAGAACCGCGCCAUGCGAGAGCUCGCCAAGAAAUCGCCACGCUGUCCAGGCUGCGGCGCCGCCGCCGCGAGCACGGAAGAGCAGCAGCUCCGGCUGGAGAACGCCAUGCUCAGAGCCGAGAUUGAGAGGCUGCUCGGAACCCUGGGAAACCCCGCCGCUGACAAGCUCGCCGCCCCGGCCUCGCCGUCGCGCUCGGCUCGCGCCAUCCAGCCGAUCGGCAGUGGGAGCGGGAGCGUAGCCGACGGCUGCGGUGGCGUCGUCGGCCUUUCGGGACACGACAGAACGAGGAUCCUGGAGCUGGCCGGCCGCGCGCUGUGCGAGCUGACGACGAUGUGCUCCUCCGGGGAGCCGCUCUGGGUGCGCAGCGUCGAGACCGGCCGCGACGUCCUGAACUACGACGAGCACGUGCGGCUGUUCCAGUGCGGCGAUGAUCCCGCCGGCGACCAGCGGGCCGGGUGGUCGGUUGAGGUGUCGAGGGAAACCGGGGUUGUUCACCUCGACACGACGCAGCUCAUGUUCGCAGAGGUUCAGACGCUGACACCACUGAUACCAACAAGGGAGGUCCACUUCCUUCGCCACUGCAAGAAACUUACUGCGGACAAAUGGGCCGUCGUCGAUGUCUCCCUCGAAGACGUUGAACUGGAUGCACAGACGUCGUCGACGGCUUGCAAGUGCUUGAAGAAGCCCUCAGGGUGCGUCAUAGAAGAGCAGACCAACGGCCGUUGCAAGGUGACCUGGGUGGAGCACGCCACAUGCCGUAACGCCGCGGUCCCGUUAGUGUACCGGCCGGCGGCCGCGAGCGGCCUGGCGUUCGGCGCGAGGCGCUGGGUGGCGGCGCUCAGGCUCCAGUGCGAGCGGAUGGUCUUCUCGAUGGCGACCAACAUUCCGACAAGGGAUUCAACCGGUGUCGCCACGCUGGCAGGUAGGCGGAGCGUCCUGAAGCUCGCGCACCGGAUGGCAUCGAGCCUGUGCCGCGUCAUCGGCGGAUCGCGGGACCUGGCAUGGAGCGGAGUAGCGGACGCGUCGAACCUCGGCGGCGGCGGCGGCGGCGCUGGCCACGGCGUCCGCGUGACGUCGCGGAGGAACGUUGGCGACCCUGGCGAGCCGCAGGGGCUGAUCGCCUGCGCCGUGCUGUCGGCGUGGCUGCCGGUGAACCCGGCGGCUCUCUUCGACUUCCUCAGGGACGAGUCGCGGCGGCACGAGUGGGACGUGAUGCUGCUGCCUGGACGGCCCGUUCGGAGCUGCGUGAGCGUGGCGAAGGGGAAGGACCGCGGCAACUGCGUCACGGCAUACGCCGGGACAUCACCCGCGGGAGAUCAGGACGGCGUGUGGAUCCUCCAGGACAGCAGCACCAGCCCCUGCGAGUCGACCGUGGCGUACGCGGCCGUCGACGCCGCGGCCCUGCGGCCGGUGAUCGACGGGCACGACUCGAGCGGCGUGGCCGUCCUGCCAUGCGGCUUCGCGGUGAUGCCGGACGGGCUGGAGUCCAGGCCCGCGGUGUUCACGUCGUGCCGGAAGGAGGAGGAGGACAGGGCAGCGGCAGAGGCCGGCGGGGCGCUGGUCACCGUGGCGUUCCAGGCGCUGGCCAGCCCGUCGCCGCCGGACGCGGCGGAGACCGUGGCGGGCCUGGCGGCGUGCGCGCUGGGCAACAUCAAGAGAGCGCUGCGGUGCGAGGGUCGUUGA